CACAAGCUUGUAUUGUUUCAUCAAAAUGACAAAAGAUCACAAAACUGCAUCUACACCAAUGUCGCAUUACUCGAGUGUCCGCCGUGUUGUCAUAUCCCCUGUGCGGGCUGGGCGAUGGUGAGAGCCCCCACCUCCCUCGCCCAGGUCCGGACGGCGUGGAGCUCUUCUGCCGCGACCUGCGCGUCGAGCCUGAGAACGUCGUGAUGCUGGUGCUGGCCUGGAAGAUGGACGCCCAGAACAUGGGCUACUUCAGCGCUGACGAGUGGCUGCGCGGCCUGUCACAGCUGCAGGCUGACUCUUUGGAGUCGCUGCGCUGGCGAAUAGACUACCUGCUGGCUCUGCUCGACCACCCGGACACGUUCAAGGCCAUCUACAGGUUCGGCUUCGACUUCGCUCGGGAGAAGAGCCAGCGCAGUAUGGAGCUGGACACGGCGAUAGCGAUGCUGCGCGUGCUGCUGCAGGACCGGUGGCCGCUGUGCGCCGUCUUCCUGCGGUUCCUGGCGCAGGGCCGGUACCGGGUGGUGAACCGCGACCAGUGGAACAACAUCCUCGACUUCUCCCGAGUGGUGGCCCCCGACCUCUCCGGCUAUGAUGAGAAUGGCGCCUGGCCGGUGAUGUUGGACGAGUUCGUCGACUGGAGGCGCGACAUCUGCAGUCGUAACGCCGCCCUGGGCGUCGAUACCGGCGCCGGCAUGGAGGCCGACUGAUGACGUCACCCAGGUCAGCCCGCCGACUGUGACAUCAUAUCGCCCGCUGCGUACCUGAAGGGACCCGCCCCGGCCGCACAGACUACAAUGCAAUACGGCGGCGGCGAGUGACGACAGGCGGCCGCCUCCGCCCCCGCCCCGGCCCGUGGGCGGCCGGCGGAAGGCGGGGGCGGCGGCUCGUGUGCCGUCGGAAACCGGCCGAUACCGAUGAUGAGCUUUGUCGAGCGGCGGUGGUAGGUGGGAGGUGGGGAGUGUACCGACCGCCGACCCCGGGUGGGAGGUGGGGAGUGUACCGACCACCGACCCUGGCCGGGCCCCCCGGAGGAGGGCCUUUGUAGCGGACCGGCUGGAAACGCGACGGGAUCGGGAGAGAAAGAAAGGGAGGGAGUAGAUCCGGGGAGAGAGGAGGAAAAGAAGAAGAUGGGGAGUGGAAGGAGGGGACUAUUAAGAUCAGGAGAGAAAGGAAGGAGGUAGAUUUGGAGAGGAAGGAGGGAAGGAAUCAGAUCGGGAGUGGAAAAAAGGUGUGGUAGCGUUCGACGGACCCGGUUGGCGCAGUCCCGGCCGGCAGCGGCCACUGCUCUGUUGCCCCACAAUGUCUGGUGGUAUUACCACUAUUGGCCACCAUUGUGUGACCGCACAGUAGUCCGGUGGCUGGCCACUAAUGCGUUACACCACAAUGUCCGGUUGCGUCCACAGUCGGCCGGACGGACGGGUGCAGGAAGUCAUAUCGCGGUCCACUGUUGACUCGGGGUGGGACGGGUAUUAUCAGAUCCGGUCAGAGUCACUGGGCAAACCGCCGUCCGGUGACGACUCACUACGCCACUGCAGGGUGCUCAACUGAGCUCUAACUGAAGCCUGGACGGUGGCCCGGCGCGGGCUGAACGGUCUAAUGACAUGAGUUUCCUCAAUAUCGUUAUUACUCUCAUGUGUGCACAAUAUUCUCCGUUCUUGGUGCCGACUUCAGCAACAAGUCUUUCCGAAGAUAUCCAAUGUCGCAUUUUCAGUCGUAGACUGUGUUUUGCGGUCGGUCUCGCGCGUGCCUGAGAAUGUCGGCCUGUGAUAUAUACUGUAUGCCUGACUGUGUGCCUCGGUGCGUCCAUGCAAGGGCGUCUGUUUGUGUCUGUGCCAGUGUGUUUGUAAAUAUGUGACGUGUCGACUGGGAUCGGCGCCUCUCGCGUCCGAUGGCAAUGACUUUGUGUUCCUCCUGGGCCGGUCCAGCGGCUCUCCGGCAACGACGGAGUAGGUUCCCCGCAUUACCGUCCUCUGUAGUCUCUCUGGAGUCUCGGGCGUCCCGCUGGAGGUAUCCCUGGAGUUCUCUGAACAUGUUUCGCUCGCUGAUGACCAGUCGUUAAAUAAACAUAGCACAAUAUGA